CAAACUUGAAAAAACAAAACAAAAAUCAGAUAUUUCUUUCCAUUAAAGAAGUGAAAGAGGAAAUCAAUUAGAGAGAAAAUGUCAAGAGAGAAACCCAAACGAACCACUCUUCCUCCUGUUCAAGAGAAUAUUGAUAAAUUGGAGAAAGCUAUAAAUGAGGGUAAUUCCUAUGGAUCUCAACAGAUGUACAAGUCUAUCAGUGCACGAUAUGUGUCUGCUCAAAGAUAUUCUGAGGCCUUGGAUCUGCUUCAUUCAGGUGCAUGCCUCCAGUUGAAGCAUGGCCAGGUUACUUGUGGGGCAGAGCUUGCAGUCUUGUUUGUUGAGACACUUGUCAAAGGGAAAAUUCCUUAUGAUGAAGACAUCCUUGACCGAGUCAGGAAAAUCUAUAAGGUGUUUCCUCAGAUUCCACUGCCUAGUAACUUGGGAGUUGAUGAUGAUGUUCAAGAACUUACUGAAGCUCUUGGGGCAGCAAAGACACGUGUAGAGGGCUGCUCAUCAUUCUUAAGAGCUGCUAUAAAGUGGUCUGCGGAGUUUGGUGCUCACAGGAAUGGUGAUCCUGAACUGCAUGUGAUGCUAGCUGAAUACAUAUAUUCCGAAUCUCCUGAGUUGGACAUGGCUAGAGUGUCGUAUUAUUUUGUUAGAGGAAACAACCCAAAGAAGUUUGCAUCUGCUUUAGUAAAUUUCAUGGGCAAGUGCUAUCCUGGUGAAGGUGAUAUGGCCAUUGCACGAGCAGUUCUUCUGUAUUUGUCUAUGGGUAAUCUUCGAGAUGCUAAUUGCCUUAUGGAUGAAUUGAAGGAACAAGUGGCAUCCCAAGAGCUCAAUUUCCCUCAAUCAGAUUUGAUUCAGUUUAUCUCUUGUCUCUUGCUUACGUUGGAAACAGAAGCCUUGCCUCUUUUUAAUAUAUUGAGAGUGAAUUUCACAUCUAGCAUAGACAGAGAACCUGCAUUCAAUGCGUUGCUAGAUGACAUUGCGGAAAAAUUCUAUGGUGUAAAGCGUAGAAAUCCUCUUGAAGGGAUGUUUGGCGAAUUAUUCAAGAUGACAUGAUGAGUAAUAACACGGCAUCAGCUCGAAUCUCCCGGUGCCUUGACAGAUCCGGAAUUGCUGGUUUCAUUGUUCCUUCGAUGCAAUAACAUUAAUAAUACUGCAAAGUAUUUCAGUUGCCUACCUUAGAUGUUAUGGCCUUUAUGAAAGAAGGUUUUGUAAAACAUACCCUGAAUUCUUUCAUGUGAUUUGAUUCACUAGGAAGAAAAAGGGUCCAUGUGGAACAAUUGACCUUUGAUCUAAGUUUUAAGGUUGCCAGGCAACUGAUGAUAGUAUUGAACAGCUGAUUGUAUUUUUUUCAUUUAGCAAUGAAAAAUCAAUCAAAAGAGAAUGCAUUUUUGUUUUAAUCAAUAU